UAGCUGUGCAGGAUCGGGUCUGGUUUGGCUGAGCAGUGUCAGGCCUGGUCACGUGAUCUGUGGCCUCAGCGAGGCGGUGUCUGGCUCCUGACGAUGGUUGCUCAGCGUGCUGCACGCAGACGUUGUCCCAACAAACGCCGUUACUUUUGUAGUUUUGAAUUUAAAAACGGGCCUGACAGCUAUUAAACGCGUGUUUAGCUGCUAGCAUCCAAAAGCUCUCGUGCGUUUUGUAAAUUAAUUAGAUAUGAAUAUUCUUUCAAGCUUACGAGCUGAUACGUUAUCUUAUAAGAAGUGAUUCCGGUUCAGUGGGAAGGUUUGAACCGCUCUCUGGAAAGUGACCAUUGUUGUAAUCAGGUCGAGGCUGUUAUCAUUUCCACUUGCUGACUUUCUUAGUUUUUUACGGGUUUACAGCAGUAAAACAGUGCAAGCUUUUUAGAGUGUCAUGAAAGAAAUGUCAAGCACCAUGCCUGGUGGGCAGCAGCCUCAGAAACACUAUGGCAUCACCUCUGCCAUUAGCCUUGCACCCCCGCGAGAAAUAGACCACCAGUACACCCAGAAGCUCUGUGAUGCUAUGAAACCUUUUGGGGUGUUUGAAGAUGAAGAGGAAUUGAACCAUAGACUUGCAGUUCUUGGGAAGUUGAAUAACUUUGUUAAAGAAUGGAUAGCAGAGAUCAGUGAACUAAAGAACCUUCCACCAUCAGCUAUAAGCUGUGUUGGAGGCAAGAUAUUUACAUUUGGUUCGUACCGGCUUGGAGUGCACACAAAAGGAGCUGAUAUUGAUGCCUUAUGUGUGGCUCCACGCCAUGUAGAGAGAAGUGACUUUUUCCAGUCUUUCUUUGAGAAAUUGAAACAGCACGAAGAGAUCAAAGACCUGAGGGCUGUUGAGGACGCUUUUGUACCAGUGAUAAAAUUCAAAUUUGACGGAAUAGAGAUUGACCUGCUUUUUGCCAGACUCGCCUUACAGUCCAUUCCCGACAACCUGGACCUGAGGGGGGACUCCAUCCUGAGAAACUUGGAUAUUCGGUGUAUCCGCAGCCUUAAUGGCUGCCGAGUGACCGAUGAAAUUUUGUACCUCGUGCCAAACAAAGAAAACUUCAGGCUGACAUUGAGAGCCAUCAAACUGUGGGCAAAACGUCGUGGGAUCUACUCCAACAUGCUGGGGUUUCUGGGUGGAGUGUCAUGCAUGCUGGUGGCCAGGACCUGCCAGCUCUACCCUAACGCUGUGGCUGCCACGCUGGUCCACAAGUUCUUCUUGGUGUUUUCCAAAUGGUGA